AGUUCGAGCACAUGCAGUCCAAUGUAGUAAUCAUUAUGAGCCACUACCCAUGAUCUUCGUGUAAUUCCGCUCCGAACGAUUACUCCGAGUUUAAUCUGAGUAGGACCCGUAGGAAUGGCCAUGCAACCGUUAAAGAAACACGUCUGCUACUACUAUGAUAGUGAUAUCGGGAAUUAUUAUUACGGCCAAGGGCAUCCUAUGAAGCCACAUCGUAUAAGGAUGACGCACAAUCUACUCUUGAACUACGGUCUUUACAGAAAAAUGGAGAUAUAUCGACCUCAUAAAGCUACAGCAGAAGAAAUGACAAAAUUUCAUAGCGACGAUUAUAUCAGAUUUCUGCGAUCAAUACGGCCAGACAAUAUGGCAGAAUACAACAAGCAGAUGCAACGAUUUAAUGUAGGAGAGGACUGCCCCGUUUUCGAUGGCUUGUACGAAUUUUGUCAAUUGUCAGCCGGUGGAUCUGUAGCCGCCGCUGUAAAGCUCAACAAGCAAGCCUCCGAUAUCUGCGUCAAUUGGGGCGGUGGCUUACAUCACGCAAAGAAGAGCGAAGCCUCUGGGUUUUGCUAUGUAAACGACAUUGUGCUUGGAAUCUUGGAACUGCUAAAAUAUCAUCAGAGAGUUUUGUACAUCGACAUCGACAUUCAUCAUGGCGAUGGUGUAGAGGAGGCUUUUUAUACGACUGAUAGAGUGAUGACAGUCUCGUUUCACAAGUACGGCGAGUAUUUCCCUGGAACGGGAGAUCUUCGUGAUAUGGGAGCAGGGAAGGGAAAGUACUAUGCAGUUAAUAUACCUUUAAGAGAUGGCAUGAAUGAUGAUAGCUAUGAAUCAAUAUUCGUUCCUAUCAUCUCUAAAGUGAUGGAGACGUUUCAACCCUCCGCUGUUGUUUUACAAUGUGGCGCAGACUCACUGACAGGCGAUCGAUUGGGAUGCUUCAAUUUAACUGUGAGGGGUCACGGCAAAUGCGUAGAAUUUGUGAAGAAAUACAAUUUACCUUUUCUGAUGGUGGGAGGUGGUGGUUAUACCAUCAGAAAUGUGUCUAGAUGUUGGACAUAUGAGACAUCGGUGGCUCUCGGAUGUGAAAUCGCUAACGAGCUUCCAUACAACGAUUACUUCGAAUACUUUGGCCCUGACUUUAAACUGCACAUUAGUCCUUCAAACAUGACAAAUCAAAAUACUACCGAAUACCUAGACAAAAUUAAAACAAGGCUGUUUGAAAAUCUGAGAAUGUUGCCUCAUGCACCUGGUGUACAAGUUCAGGCAAUACCAGAGGAUGGUGCCAUUAUUGAAGAUACGGAAAUGGAAGAAAAGAUGAGUCUUGACGAAAGACUGCCUCAGCGUGAUUUAGAUAAAAGAAUACAACGUGAUAAUGAAUACAGCGAUAGUGAAGAUGAAGGUGAAGGUGGACGAAGAGAUAACAGAUUGUACAAGGGACCUACGAAGCGGUUGCGAUUGGAAAAGACUCACGAAAUGGAUAUGCGCAUUAUGAAUAUUAAUAUGACAAAAGAGCACGAUAUGAAAUCAGAGCUGAAAGAAAAUGAAAAGGAUGAUAAGGCCAAUUUCAUGAAUGAAGAGCAAAAGAAAGAGAGCGGAAUUAAUCUUUGAUAAGUAACUUCAAAAUUCGCAUAUCUGCACGAGUACAAAAGUCCCUAUUUAAAAAUUUAGUAUAAAUACAUUUAGAUUACUUAAAUAUAGAAAUAAUGGAGUAAUGGAAAUUUUGAUGAGAUCGCUAUCCUAUUGUGUGUUGAAGUCUCGGAUAGCUGUGCAAUCUGUUUAAGACAAGGCAUAUAUGAAACUUAAAUAUAAAAAAAAAGUAUGGAUAUGUCAGUAACGAGAAUAUUUUCCACAAUUUUUAUGAGUUAGAAACAAGCGCUGAUCCAGAAACGAAAUCAUAAACGUAUAGGUUUUGUAUAUUAUUGUAUUUGUACUUUUGUAUUUAAUAAGAUAAGUAAAAUUGCUUUAAAUUGCGUAACUAAGAUAAAAAUAAAUAAAUGUAAAAGUAAGAAAUUCGACCGACAUAUACAAUAUACGUAUAUAACUUUUAUAUAUAAAUACGUGUGCAUAUAUAAAAGUUAUCAAGUCUGUGUUGCACACUACCAAAGUAAACGUAAAUUAUAUCACCAUCGAAAGAUGAAUGAGGAUGUAUCAGUAUUAUAUACAUAUAUUCGAUCAUAAUGUCUUCUGUACAAUGACUUGCUUAUAUAAAUGAAGCCUAUAUACAA